UGACCAGAGAUCCCGUUUGGGAUCUUUAAAACAGCUACUUUCGGGUAGUCGUGGUGAACAAGUUUGAGCUUGUAUGAAAUUGACGCUUUGGCAACUCAUAGCUACACUCCUCUGCUCUUUGAAUCAACCAAUCAGAAGCCGCCAGGCCCUCGCACAAAAGCUGGAGGGCCUUCGACAGACACCGCAGUCGUGCGCAAGUUGGAAAACAGUGAAGACGUGCCGCAGUCACCUCCAAGUUCCCCCCCCCCCUCCGAACUUCAUAAUCAUGGUAAGCACACAGUGACUGUGGGAUAGUGAAGCCUAGUGAUAUACUUACCUUUUGAUGUUGGUUUGAAGGGCUGUAGUGUUACUGACGUGUCGUAGUGACAAAAAAAAAAAGUAUAGAUCCCUUGCGGGAUACUUCGGUCGUUCUUAGGCGGACCACGCUCAUCCCAUGAGGGAUGUAUCGGACCGUAACGGUUACAACGGCCAGUAGAAUACGACGUCAAGUAAUUUUUUUUAGUGCUUGUUUUAGACAUUUGUGAAUAAUUUUAACAAUAUUUCUAGAUAUAAUAGUGAUGAUUUAUAGAUGUUAGGCUCAUGUGCAUAUAAAUUAUUACCUUACAAGGGAUUGAAUGAUAGGUUUUUGUUAGGGAAAGUUACAUUUUUCUUUCAUUACAUGAUUUUAAAGUUUUUUGUUUUAUUUUUGCAGUUUCAAAGCAGUAUGUUUUAUGGGCAAUGCAAUGCUGCAUUGGAGACUCAGGAACGUGUACCAUGGGUAGCCCCUGAUGAUGCUGAAGGAAGUGAUGUCGACGUGAGCCCUUUGGACAUUGACAGUGAUGAUGACGACCCUACCUACGUUCCUGACGAAGGUCUUACUCAGGACGAUGCCUUUGACCCUCCUAACUCUAGAGCUCGCAAGGUCAAUGUUGUUGUCCCUCAAGCGAUGCCUAUGGAAGAGGAAGGUGAGCCUAACCCUAAGAGGUCUCGUGCUGAUGAAUGGAAGAAGGAAGACAUUGAUAUCCGUGCCCUGCCCAACUUCAUUCAUCAGAAGCCUGACUAUUUGAGGGAACCUUAUGAAUAUUUCUCCCAGUUCUUCACAACUGAAUUGAGGGAACACAUUGUGUAUCAAUCCAACCUGUACUCAAGACAGAAGGAUGUAGGCAGCAACUUCCACAUGUCAGAAGAGGAUCUCAUGGUUUUCCUUGGCCUCAUCGUGUACAUGGGCCCGGUUCCUCUCCCUAGCAUAGUUGACUUCUGGGCCGUGAAGACCAGGAUUCCUCAAGUUGCAGACUUCAUGUCCAGGAACCGCCUCAAGGCAAUUCGAUCUUCCCUUCACUUCAGCGACAAUGACCAGGCAGCUGCAUCCCAAGAUCGGUUCUUCAUGGUGAGAGUCCCCUUCACCAAGGUCACCAGAGAGUUCCUGAAAGUUCCUGAGACUCCUAUCCACUCCAUUGAUGAAGUGAUGGUCGCCUAUAAGGGCACAAGGGCUGGUAACCUUCGCCAGUAUGUCGCAAAGAAGCCUGACAAGUGGGGCUUCAAGUUGUUCUGCCGCUCCAGUGUGGAUGGGUUUUGUGCAUGAUAUUCUCAUGUACCAAGGGGAGACAACCUUUGUGAGCCACCAUACUAUGCUAUCUGAAGAGGAGAAAGCCAUGUCUGUAACUUCCAAGUUUGUUGUCGCCUUAGUGAAUACCAUCAAGGACCCCAGAAACUCAGCAGUGUAUGCAGACAACUACUUCACAAGUAUAGGGUUGGCCAAGUACCUGAGAUCACAGUAUGGAUGCCGGUAUGUGGGCACUGCCAGGGAAAACCGAGUUGGUCAUCCUCCCCUGACGUCUGUGAAGGAGAUGAACA